AUGCAUUCGAUAAGACCACAUAUCCUCAAAGCAUCAAAACGAUACAUAUCUUCAUCUAUCAGAAGACUAGCAGAAGUAGAAGUAACAGUUGAUGGAAGAAAAGUUUCUAUUGAAGCUGGAUCUUCAAUCAUACAAGCCGCAGAAUUGGCUGGUGUUACUAUUCCAAGAUAUUGUUAUCAUGAAAAAUUAGCAAUAGCGGGAAAUUGUCGUAUGUGUUUAGUUGAUGUUGAAAGAAUGCCUAAAUUAAUUGCAUCUUGUGCUGUACCUGUACAAAAUGGUAUGGUUGUUCAUACAGAUUCUGAAAGAAUUAAAAAGGCAAGAGAAGGUGUAACAGAAAUGUUAUUAGAAAAUCAUCCUUUAGAUUGUCCAAUUUGUGAUCAAGGUGGUGAAUGUGAUUUACAAGAACAAUCUCAAAGAUAUGGAUCAGAUCGUGGAAGAUUUAAAGAAUUAGUUGGUAAAAGAGCUGUUGAAAAUAAAGAUGUUGGACCUUUAGUAAAAACUUCAAUGAAUAGAUGUAUUCAUUGUACUAGAUGUGUAAGAUUUUUAAAUGAUGUUGCUGGUGCACCUGAAUUUGGUACUACCGGUAGAGGUAAUGAUAUGCAAAUAGGUACUUAUAUUGAAAGAAAUAUUGAUUCAGAAAUGUCUGGUAAUAUUAUAGAUUUAUGUCCAGUUGGUGCAUUAACUUCAAAACCAUAUGCUUUUAGAGCAAGACCUUGGGAAUUAAAAAGAUCUGAAACAAUUGAUGUUUUAGAUGCAGUCGGAGCUAAUAUUAGAGUCGAUUGUAGAGGUAUUGAAGUAAUGAGAGUAUUACCAAGAUUAAAUGAUGAUGUAAAUGAAGAAUGGAUUUCAGAUAAAACAAGAUUUGCUUGUGAUGGAUUAAAAAAUCAACGUUUGACUACUCCAUUAAUAAGAAAUGGCGAUAAAUUCGAAACUUCAACUUGGGAUGAAGCAUUAUCUACUAUUGCAGCUGCUUAUAAUAAAUUAAAACCUAACAAUGGUGAAUUGAAAGCAGUUGCUGGUGCAUUGGUUGAUGCAGAAUCAUUAACAGCAUUAAAAGAUUUAAUAAAUAAAUUAGGUUCUGAGAAUGUUACAACAGAUGUUCCACAAGCAAUUGAUGCACAUGGUCUUGAUAUAAGGUCUAAUUAUAUAUUCAAUUCAACAAUAGAUGGUAUUGAAGAAGCAGAUGAAAUUUUAUUAGUUGGUACUAAUCCAAGAGUUGAAGCUGCAACAUUAAAUACAAGAAUAAGGAAAGUUUGGUUAAGAUCAAAUUUAGAAAUUUCAUCAGUUGGUGAAAAAUUUGAUUCUACAUUCGAUAUAAAUACAGUUGGUGAUAACACUAACUCAUUAAAAGAGGCAUUAAAUGGUGAAGUUGGUAAAAAAUUAGCUAAAGCAUCUAAACCGUUAAUUAUUGUUGGUUCAGGUGUUGCAAAUUCAAAAGAUGCAAAAGCUAUAUAUAAAUUAAUUGGAGAAUUUGCUUCAAAAAAUAAAAAUUUCAAUACUCCAGAAUGGAAUGGUGUAAAUUUAUUACAUCGUGAAGCUUCAAGAGUUGCUGCAUUAGAUUUAGGUUUUAAUAAUUUAUCAAAUACUUCCAAUUCUACUAAACCAAAAUUCAUAUAUUUAUUAGGUGCUGAUGAAAUAAAAAGUUCCGAAAUUCCAAAAGAUUCAUUUGUUGUAUAUCAAGGUCAUCAUGGUGACGUUGGUGCGUCACUUGCUGACGUCAUUUUACCAGGUUCAGCAUAUACAGAAAAAUCUGGAACAUAUGUAAACACUGAAGGUAGAACACAAGUUACAAGAGCAGCAACUAAUCCACCAGGAGUUGCUCGUGAAGAUUGGAAAAUAAUAAGAGCUUUAUCAGAAUAUUUAGGUACACCUUUACCAUAUGAUGAUAUUAUUACAAUAAGAAAUAGAAUGGGAGAAAUAGCACCACAUUUAAUAAGACAUGAUGUAAUAGAACCAGUUUCACCUGAAUUAGCUGCAUUAGGUUUUGAAAAUUUAAUCAACCAAAACAAAUCAAGUAAAAUAUCUGGUGAAAAAUUAAUCAAUCCAAUUAAAAAUUUCUAUUUUACUGAUGUGAUUAGUAGGUCAAGUCCUACAAUGUCUAAAGUUGUAAAGAGUCAAACUUAUAAAUAA